AUGAACAACCGGGACAGCACGACGUGUUUGAUGCUCAAUACGGACGCCAUCGAUGUGAGUGAGGAAAGUAGCACUGACGACGAUUCUGAUGAUGGCUCUGCAUCUAAUGAAGGUGAUGUCAGCUCGAAUGAGGAGGUCACUACCAAGCCCACUGGGAUUAACAGCGAUGCGGUAGUACCUCGUGAAAGCGAGGGUUCGCCAAGUUUGGUGGCAGCUGCAAACCCCAAUCAAACUGAUGGCAAGAACAGUGGUAACAAUCGUACACGGCGUAAGAGUACGCCGAGGUCAAUUGGUUCUGUCAGCUCGAAAUCCAAGGACACCGCAGAUGAGCUGAGCUCGAGCUACCCGAUGGCAGAAUUGGAAAACAAAACUACUACUUGCUCAAGAAAGCGUUUUCAAUGGCAGACGCUGAAGCUAAAGCGUCAAAAGGUAGACGCCAGUGCAAUCGAGACUCAAGCCCGUAUUGCUGAGUCAACCGCUCGAAAGCAUCACUUUGAGGCGCAGACCGAGAAUUGUGAACUUCAACGAAAAGUGGCUCUGCUGCGUGAGCGACACAAACUUCGACAGGAAG